AAAAUCUGUGACCUUGAAUAUGCCGGUGUAGUUUGUAAACACGUUGAGUCGGUUGAGUGAAAACUGAAAAUAUAAAAAAUAAAUUGAGCAAAUAAAUUCUUUUUUGCAACAUCAAAGAUGUCCGAGAAGACGCUUUCAGCUGUAGAAGCAGAAUUGUAUGACCGACAAAUUAGGUUAUGGGGAAUUGAAUCACAGGAAAAAUUGAGAGCAUCAAAUGUGCUUUUGAUUAAUUGUAGAGGAUUAGGAUGUGAAAUUGCUAAAAAUAUUUUACUUUCUGGAAUUAAUUCGUUGACCAUACUAGAUGACUGCAUCGUUUCUGAAGAGGAGCAGACACGCAAUUUCUUCCUUUCAGUAGAUUCUAUCGGAAAAAAAUUGGCUGAAGCAGUCCUCCCGAAAGCACAGGCCUUAAACCCCUUGGUGAAAUUAACUGCUGAUACCCAGAAUCCUUCAGAAAAAGAUGUUGAGUUCUAUAAAUCAUUCACUAUAAUCAUAACAACAGCAAUCAAGACAGAUCUAGUAUUGAAAAUAGACAAGAUUUGUAGGAGUAACAAUGUGAAAUUAAUAUCAGGAGAUGUUUUUGGAAUGUUUGGUUUCUGUGUAGCAGAUUUCUUGAAGCAUGACUACUAUGAGGAUCGUGUUCAAAUGUUGGGAAAGAAAAGAAGUCAUGAUGGCAGUGAGAAAACAACUGUUCAAGUUCAAGGACAAAUUGAUUACCCGGAACUAAAUAAAGUAUUGAUUUUCCCAAAUACCAAACAAAGUGUUGAUGCCAUAAAAAAGUCUAAAAGGAGAAAUGAACUAUUUUUCCUGAUGCUGGUACUUCUGGAAUUCAGAAAUGAAAAUUCAAGAAAUCCUGAAAUAUCUUCAAAACUUGAAGAUAUGCAAAAAUUGAAAAUAAUAAAAAGCUCUAUAGUAGAUCUUUAUAAAGUGUCGGAAAAUGUUUUCGAUGAUUCCUUAUUUGAACAAAUAUUUGGAGAGGUGGUACCAGUAAGUGCUAUAUUAGGGGGAGUUAUAGCACAGGAAGUGAUUAAGGCAGUAUCACACAAAGAAAUUACAAUAAAUAAUAUUUUCUUAUUGGAUCCUCUCACUUUCAAUGGAAAAGAGGAAUGUGUGGGUGCAUGAUUAUUGCAGAAACUAUAUCCUUUUCGAGUUUAACCAAGAAAUUAUUUCAUUUUUAUAUCAUUUUCAAUUCUCUAAUAAACAUUUCUUCAAAGUAA